GUGCCUAACAUUCGUUCAGGUGCUAACGUUCAUACCUACUAUCCGACGUGCCUAGCAUUUGUUAUCCCAGUUCUGUCAUUUCUAGCAUUUGCUGUGCCUAAUAGUCAAAUUAAAGCUAAACUUUGUGCCAAAACCUUAAUGUUUGCUCGAUCCAUACUUAAAAAAGCUUUUGAAGAAGCAUCUAGGUUAUGUGUUGGAAUGCAAUUUGAAACUUGGGAUCAUGUAGACUUGGUUUUAUUAGCGUAUAGACAACAACAAGGAUUUGUAUGGAGAAUUAAAAAUAAAUAUCUUAAUAAGAACGGUGGUGUUUAUAAAUAUGUGUUUGAAUGUCAACAUGCUGGAAAGUAUCAACCCAAAAAAGCUGCAAUUCCCUCAAAAUAUCAGCUAUUCUUAGAUCAAGACUUAGCUAAUAUUAUUCAAUAUUUUCAAAGGGCUAAUGUAAUGGGUUCUGAUAAUGAUCCUAAAAAUGAUGCAUCAAAUUUACUCAAAACUUUGCAAAAAAUGAAGGAAGAUGAUUCUGCAUA